AUGAAGGAAAGGCUGCCAGGGCUGAGGGACUGCUGGCUCUGCACGGACUUGCUGUGUAACCUCGCCAAAAUCUCAGUGGUUCAUUGUUUUUAUUUCAGAGGUGGUGCAGAACUCUUGUUUGAUGGUGUCAAAAAGCAUCAGGUGACUUUGCCCUGUCAACCGGAGCCUUGGGACAUCAGAAACCUGCUAAAGUGGAUCAAACAGAAUCUGUUGAAAGAACGACCAGAAUUAUUUAUGCAAGGGGAAUCUGUGAGGCCAGGAAUUUUGGUGCUCAUCAACGACGCAGACUGGGAACUAAUGGGUGAGCUGGAUUAUAAACUCCAGGACCAGGAUAAUGUGCUUUUCAUCUCAACAUUGCACGGUGGGUGAACUCCUGGAAAGACAAGAGGAUGUAAAUCCAAACCCGUCAGCAAAAAACCCAAACAAACACCUAAACCCACCCCAACCUCUCUUGAACUGCCUGUGCCCGCCCUCUGCACCUUCCCACCGCGUUCACUCGUUUCUCGCCAUCCAAAUAAAGCCCCGCCAGCACGCGGCCUGCUGUCCACCACAA